UGAUCAGAUGAUCAGAAUAAUCAGGAUCAGGUUCGUUGCCUGUUGCUGUUGUCUUGGAAGUCUUAGAUUUGCAAUUUGACAUUUGAUUUGAUUUGAUAAGUUUGAUAGUUGUCAAGUUGUAUGAAGCUGUUUCUAUCACACCCUGCUACCCAGAUAAGUUGUAUAGUUAGUUUCUUAAGCAGGAUAAUCUUUUCCAAAUUCUCACCGUAAGUGUUUCUCCCUAUCAGUAAUAAUGUCGCAGUGCUAAAAUGAAGAAUAAUCUGAAUUUGUUUUCUCGCGCAAGACUUGAAGAAUUAUUUUCAAUCGACCCUGAGAAUCUUCUGUCGCAGCAUGGCCCGUCUUGGCCAUCAUUAAAAUUAAACAAGGACUAAUCACAAUUUUGACACCCUCCGCAUCAUUACUACACGCUGUAAAUCACUCUUGUUUCCAGCCAUAGCGUCAAUAUGUCUUCUGACAGUGAAGAUGAGGAUUUUGUGCAGUUUGGCACUCCGUUAGAGCCAAUGGAAGAAGAUUCAAUCAAAUCAAAAAAAUUUCAGAAGGUUGAGGAUCAGAUAGCAACAGAUCAAUAUGGAAGACGUCGAUUCCAUGGUGCUUUCACAGGUGGUUAUUCCGCUGGAUUCUUCAACACUGUUGGUUCCCUUGAAGGCUGGAAACCAGCCAGCUUUAAAUCUUCAAAAAGUAGCAAAGCCGAAGUCAGAUCGCAACGUGCUGAGGAUUUUAUGGAUGAAGAGGAUACCAGUGAAUUUGGAAUUGCACCAAAGGCUAUAAGAGUCAAAAACACCUUCAGUGAUUCAAGUGGUGCCAAAAGGAAGUUACCGCAGUAUCAUUCUGGACCUAUUCCAGGUGUACCCGUUUUAUCAGAAAUCUUAAAACCUGUUAGUGAAACUAUUGGUGUAAAGCUAUUGAAAAGCAUGGGGUGGAAACCUGGUCAAGGCAUUGGACCUCGAAUUACGAAAUCUGAAAAAUCUAAAAUGAAAGAGCGUCUAAAAAAAUCAGCAAUGGGAAAAAAAGUAUACGGUUGUGCUACAUUUCCACCAUCUGAAAAACAGAAGAGCUCUAGUGAAUCAGACGAUAGUGGAAAUGAUGACCGUGAAGAAAUACUGUUAGCACCUUUGGAAUUUGAGCAAUAUGUUGUACAGCCAAAAAACAAUUCAUUUGGAAUUGGCUAUUCUGGUCUAGACAGACACUCAGUCUUAUCAUCUAGGCAUUACAGUCUCUUUGAUCAACCGUCUGGUGUGACUUUAACUGAAAAGCAGAAGAAAGUCUCCAUUCGUGGGCACGCAUUUGGGGUUGGAGCUUUUGAAACAGAAGAUACAGAUAUCUAUGCACAGGAAGAUAUGUCCCAGUAUGAUUUCAGUCUACCAUGUCCUACAGCUUCAAAAGGGGUGAAGUCUAGUUCAAAAUUAGCGUUACAGUAUGAAAGUGAAGUGAUUGAUGGCUUCGUCGUUGCUGAGAAGUUUAUUCUGAAGAAAAAGUUCUUUCCACCACCACAACUACCACCCGGUUUUCAUCCGACCAGUUUAAAAUCUCUGAAUACUUCUUCAAGAGUUAGUGAUAUACCCAUCUCAUCUAGUAAUGAUCGUGCCACGAUUUUGGGUGAAGUGAGCAGGUGGAGUUCAGUGGAGAAAAUAGGAGAAACUUCAGAGCAGAAGAAAAACAUCACAAUCUCCAACUCAAAUCUACAAGGAGAUGUUGAAACUUCUGAGACAAAGCCUAGCUCAUCAGGAGAAGAUCUCAAUUCUUUCAAACCGUUCGCAAGCGACCCUAGCAAGCAAAAACGUUAUGAGCAAUACUUGUUGUUUGUAAGAUUAGGAGUUAAAGACAAAUUAGCCUCAAUUCAACCAUCAUCCAUGACAGAAUGGGAAAAAGAACAUGAGCGGAUUGAGUUUGAAGGCGCUUUCCGACUGUACAAACCCAUGUCCGGAGACAUUGCUGAGCGAUUUACACGUGCUCAGGGAGAAGACUCUCUCGAUCCUCUUGCUCAGGUGGAGAAAACUGUUGAUCCUGUUUUAAAGCAAAUGCAAGAUGCAGCCAAGAUGAAAAUGUUUGGCACCUUAACACGCCAGGUGUUCUCAUGGCAACCUGACUCUUUAGUAUUCAAACGUUUCAACAUUGCUGAAACAAGUUGUGAGAGAGGUAGCUUAGAAGCAGCCCUAGAAAGAAGGAAAAACAAGCCAAAAUUUUCACUCUUCAACUUUACUGAUGCUCCAAUCCUCAAGUCUAGUCACUCACCAAUUCCAACCUCAGAGGAAAAAGGCAACCCUUCAAAUUCCACAGAAGCGGUAAAAGUAACAACGAGAGAAGCCAGUUCAACGCUUUUGGAAGGACUACCAUCUACAUCUCAUUUGGAUCAAGAUGUACUUAAACUUACUAUUGAAGAAAGACUGAAAAUGUUCCGAGACAUAUUUCUUGAUUCAAGUGAUGAUGAAGACGUUCAAAAAUCCCCUGGAGUCAGAGACAAAAUUGAUGAAAAUGCCUCUGUCGGUCAAGAUUGUCAAACUCGGAGCAUUAGUAAAGAGCCAGUCAAUAUCAUCCGCAACACUGCUCCUGCAAAGGGUAUUUUUGCUAAUUUAGACUUAGAUAAGUUAGCGAUGCUCCCUCAAAGUAAUUCUGCAGAUGACAGCUCUGAUUCAAGCAAAUCCUCUGAUAGUGAAGAGGAUGCUGCGUCAGUUUUUGGCCCUCAGCUUCCCUCCAAAUGCACUUCCAGUAAUACUAGUUCAUCUGCAAAAAUUAGUGUUAAGUCAUUAAUAGAAAAGUCAACAUCAAAAACUAAAAAACACGAGUGGAUUGAAGAAAAACCAAAGGAGAGGAAGCACAAAAAACACAGAAAGGAUCAUAAAAAACAUAAAUCUAAGAGUAAAAAGAAAAAACGCAAGAAAUCAAAAUAAGGCAUGUAUCCAAAAAUGUCUUAAUGAAGUUGAUUUUACGAUUUUUAAUUCUACAAUGAAGCAGUUCAUGCUUGUUACACCUAAGUGCAUUCUUGUGAUCAAUGAAAUAAAUUUUUUUUAUUUACUUAUGA